ACUCCGAUCAAUUUCCGAUCUGAAAAAAUGGAUAGCCAACUGGUUGAGAUGUGCAUGAAAUCGGCGACGGAGAGCCUUGACGCCGUCGAAGCGUGGCGGAGACAGCGGCGGACACUGGAAAUGAUGCCUUCUCACCUCGCCGAAGCUCUUCUUCACCGUCUUCUUCGCCGUCGUCUCCUCUUCCCGUCUUUACUCGAAGUGUUUAAAUUUUGUGUCGACGGGAUCGACUUAAGGGGAGAGAGUUUUGUGGAUGCAGAAUGGAUGGCAUAUAUAGGUGGUUUUGAGCACUUGCAUUCUCUAAAUUUAUCAGAUUGUAACAAAAUUAACAGUUCAGCCAUUUGGGCUAUUAUAGGAAUGACAAACUUAAAGGAGCUUGACCUCUCCAGGUGCUCGAAGAUUACUGAUGAUGGAGUUAGACAUCUAACAACUAUCCCAAGUUUGGAAAAGUUGUGGAUUCCAGAAACAAGUGUCACAGCUGAUGGUGUGAUACUCCUGACUUCGUUAACCAACUUAUCUUUCUUAGAUUUGGGAGGCCUGCCUGUAUCUGAUUCGGCUCUGUGUAAUCUUAAGGUUCUCAGGAAGCUACAACAUUUGGAUAUUUGGGGGAGUGUAGUAUCAAACAAAGGAGCAUCUCAUCUUAAAUGGUUCCCGAAAUUAAGUUCUCUGAAUUUGGCCUGGACCAAGGUCACUAUGUUGCCAUGUCUGCCUUCUCUUGCAUGCCUAAACAUGAGCAAUUGUACAAUACAUUCCAUAUUCGAAGGAGAAGGGCAGAAAGCUCUUCUUACAAAGCUUAUUCUGUCUGGAGCAACCAUAAAGGAUGUCUCUGAAGCUUUCCUACACCUUGAAACAUCCUCCCUCUCUCUUCUGGAUCUUUCCAAUUCAUCUCUUAAUUCGUUCUGUUUUUUGCCAUAUAUGAGAAUGAUAUCAGAUUUAGAUCUCAGUGGUACAUCUGCAGGAGAUGAGUCAGUUGAACACAUUGCAUUUGUAGGUCAAAAUUUGCGUCAUCUAAAUCUCAGCCGGACAAAAUUAAGCUCUGCAGGACUGGGAACCUUAGCUGGUUUUGUUCCCAAUCUUGAAACUUUAUUGUUAUCUUACACAGCCAUUGAUGAUUCUGCUAUUCCCUUCAUGUGCAUCAUGCCUUUGCUAAAAUAUAUCAAUAUGAGUGGUACAAAUAUCAGAGGUAUUUCCAAUGAGGUGGACUCUGAUCUUGAUUGUGUUUCGUCACUGUCCGGGUUGUCUACUCUUGAACAUUUGGAGAGAUUGGAUUUGGAGGAGACUCGAAUCAAGGAUUCAGCUUUGGCUCCUUUGCCGAGCUUUCGUAAAUUGAGCCAUUUAUUUUUACGGAGUGGUUCCCUUGCUGACACCACUUUGCAUCAGUUGUCAUCUAUUACAAGCUUGGUAACCCUGGGGAUUCGUGAUGGUGUGCUCACUAAUACCGGGCUCGAUGUGUUCAACCCUCCACCACCUAUGCAGAUUCUUGAUCUCAGGGGUUGUUGGCUGAUGACAGAGGAUGCUCUGUUGUCAUUUCAGCAAAGGCAUCCUCAAAUUGAAGUAAGGCAUGAUCUUCUUAGUAUUGCAUUGGUGAAAAGGUUAUCUGUUAGCUCACCUUUGUCCCAGGCGACACCACGGGCCAAACUAUACAUAAACAAGAAGGGAGGGUCAUCAACAUCUCCCCUUAGAUCUAUCAGAGACGGUUUUCUUGAUCAAAGAUUGAAGUAUACCAAUGAAGAACUACUUGCAAUGAGGUUUGACUCUACCUCUAUUUCCAGAGACAAUGUUGUUCAGAUACCUCACGAGUUAGCAAAUGAUGGAUAAUUUCUUGUAUUCUUCUCAU